AAGCUGUCCGUAGCGAGGCAGUUGAGUUUGUCGCAGUGUGUUUGUUUAUUUAUAUUCAAGUCGAGAAAUGACUCAGCUAUCGGAUGAACAGUUUCGCAUACUCAUCGAAACUAUAAAAUCUUUGGCACCACAGCAAGAGGAGCAAGCGGAGCAGAAAUCGAAGGGCAGCUUCAGCAAUUGCCCGGUUCGGUUUAGUGGGCAGCGUGAUCAUGACGCCGUUGAUGAGUUUAUAACGGCGGUGGAGACGUACAAAGAGGUGGAGGGGAUCAGCGAUAAAGACGCCUUGAAGGGCAUUUCGCUGCUAUUCAACAACAUUGCCGUUAUGUGGUGGAAGGGGGUGCGACGCGAUGCAAAAACCUGGGAAGAAGCUCUACAAUUGCUACGGGAUCACUUCUCACCCACAAAGCCAUCCUAUCAAAUCUACAUGGAGAUCUUUGAAACAAAACAAAUGACCGGCGAAGUGAUCGAUGCAUUUAUUUGUAAACAACGCGCUCUUUUAGCCAAAUUACCAGCGGGACGACAUGAUGAGGAAACGGAGUUGGAUUUCAUAUAUGGCCUGAUGCUACAGAAGUAUAGAGAACACAUACCACGACACGAAAUCAAAACAUUUCGCGAUCUCUUAGAUCGCGCUCGAAACGUGGAACGUACAAGACAUUAAAGUUUAAUAAUAAUAUAAAUUUAAGAAUCUUUCUGAAUCUAACAAACAAUGGCUUUGAAUUAUUUAAGAAGUUGUACAUGUAGUUAAUCUGAAAUUUUUUAUUCAAAACUGCCUUUAUCAAAAUUUCAUAGUGUUACGAAUAUUUCGCUAUUGACUGACUGCAGGAAAUCUAAAGAAAUGUAGAAAUAUAGAAAACUUCAUAUAGUUUAAGAUAGUUUAAAUAAAAGACAAAAUUUCAA